UGCUGGCUGUUUCCUGCUUCUUCCUCUAUGCAACCGCUGCUGCUGCUGAUUUUGUGUUAGUUGAGCGCUGUAGCCACAGCGAGACGCAGACCGAGGACGUCAGUGGCUUUUCCCCGCACAAACCCCGACUCAGCCACUGUAUUAUCCCAUCCAAAAUCACAGCUAUGCGCAGGAAAUCUAGGAUAUUAUUAUGUUUCGCUGUGCUUUGGGUUCUAGGCAUAGCAUAUUAUUUCUAUUCGGGGACAACGCUGAGUCGAAAGGAUGACUGGAGUGGCAUUAAUUCAAACAGAAUUCAAUCACACAGCAAUGCUGAUGACAAAGCCCACAGCCUAGAGACCCUUCCUCCGGGGAAGGUUAGGUGGCAGGACUUUGACCAGGACCUGUACGUGGGAGCUACAGUGGUGAGGCCAGGGCAGGAUCCCUACGCCCGCAACAAGUUCAACCAGGUUGAGAGUGACAAACUCAGAAUGGACCGCAGUGUCCCUGACACCAGGCAUGACCACAGAGAUGCAUUGAGAAGUCAUCUCUUUUCAUAUGCUUGUACUGUCAGCCCAGCCUCACUUCAAUUUUGUUCUCGUCAGGAUAAGACUCGGGUCGUGUCACCCAUCAUAGAUGUCAUUAACAUGGACAAUUUCCAGUAUGUGGGGGCAUCUGCAGAUCUUAAAGGAGGUUUUGAUUGGAAUCUAGUUUUUAAAUGGGACUACAUGACCCUGGAACAAAGACGAGCACGGCAAGGAAACCCCAUUGCUCCUAUCAAGACUCCCAUGAUUGCUGGUGGCCUCUUUGUAAUGGAUAAGAACUACUUUGAGGAGCUGGGAAAGUACGACAUGAUGAUGGACGUGUGGGGCGGUGAGAAUCUUGAGAUUUCCUUCCGGGUCUGGCAGUGUGGAGGCAGUCUGGAGAUCAUUCCCUGCAGUCGAGUCGGUCAUGUCUUCAGGAAACAGCAUCCAUACACUUUCCCAGGGGGCAGCGGAACUGUUUUUGCCAGGAACACAAGGCGAGCGGCAGAGGUUUGGAUGGACGAUUUUAAGAACUUCUACUAUGCUGCUGUGCCCUCAGCCCGUAAUGUACCCUAUGGCAACAUUCAGAGCAGGCUGGAAAUGAAGAAGAGGUUGGGCUGCAAACCAUUUAAGUGGUACCUGGAGAACGUCUAUCCUGAGCUACGGGUCCCUGAUCAUCAGGACAUAGCUUUUGGAGCACUACAACAGGGUCAGAACUGUCUGGACACACUGGGACACUUUGCUGAUGGUGUGGUGGGGGUGUACGAGUGCCACAAUGCAGGGGGCAAUCAGGUACCAAUUUUUGAUCCGAGGGUCCCUGAUCAUCAGGACAUAGCCUUUGGAGCACUACAACAGGGUCAGAACUGUCUGGACACACUGGGACACUUUGCUGAUGGUGUGGUGGGGGUGUACGAGUGCCACAAUGCAGGGGGCAAUCAGGCUAGGGAAUCCAGACUAAAUGAGUCCCUGACUGGCUUUCAGUCAGCUUUCCUCAUGUAUCAGCAGUAA